AUGCAAAGUGCUUUAGCAGGCUCCUGGCACAACAAUGGCUUCUAUGGACACUAUCAAGGCCAAUUCAAGGGUGAAAGUGCUCAAGAAUACCGCCUUGCAGCCAAGCCCCAGCCUCCAGCAGUGUUCCUGCAGCGGUGUCAGGAGCCAGCGCAGCAACAUUUCUUCUCCAAGCAUGACAAUCGUACAUCCUACGACAAAGGCCCCUACUGCCUGCUGCAGGGCAUCGGGAGGCGGAAAGACCUGGAGCGUCUGGGGCAGCGGCACACCUUCCUGCGCUGGGCACCCUGUGAGCUGAAGUUACGCCAGCAGAGGCCCCUCGAAUCCUCCUACCAGUCUGAUUUCCGGUCAGUCUCAGAACUCAGUAGCCUCCCCCAGCGCCUUGUCCACUUCGUGCAGAUCCAGCCUGCCCGUGCCAGCACCACCUACCAGCAGAACUUCUGCCAGCCAUUCCGAGGUGGCCUCUAUGGUAGUGACAAAUUGGGGCUGGAGGCCUCAGUCACGGACACACUGCCUGACCUCCCAGGAACCCCAAGACCUAAGCUGCUGCAGCACUACCUUCAUGCUGGGGUCUCUGAGUGUCUAAAUUGGUCCAGAACAUUAAACAAGGAUAGCUGA